AUGAAGCUGCAUCGACAACUAUCCAUGGGGAAGCUGUCGAGCGCCGUGAGAGAGCUCUGGGAAGGUCUUACCGUCGGCGCGCAUCGACCCGCGGACGACGACUACUUCAGGGGCAGCUACGAGUUCUCGUGCACGACCACCCCUGUCAAUGUUCUGACCGUGAAAGGACGACAUCGACGUCGCCAACGGCGCCUGUCACCGUGCGUCGGCGCCAAGCAAGCAAUGGAGAUGCUGGCGGGGACCGUCGUCACAAGGAGGGACGGAGGGUGGUCGCCGGAGCUGGAGCGCUCACCUCAGGCCAUGGCGGCGCUAGACAUUGACGGUCUGGCCGAGGUUUCGCGAGCAGCUGCGGAUGCAAGUAGAGGUCGAGCAGGAGGCAAGGCCCAAGUCUCGCUUGGCGCGCUCUGUAUCAACGAUGUAAGCUACGACUACGAAUUCUAUACUCAGUCUCGUGCAACAUAUUACCGUACUACUACAUCCAUUUUAUAA